AAUCUUUGUAUUUCAGGUACAUCCUUCACGCUAAGAAGACUGCGUUUGUGGUGGAGCACGACUUCAUCAUGGCGACGUACCUGGCCGACAGGGUCAUCGUGUUCGACGGCAUUCCCUCCACGAAGACCUUUGCGAACAGGCCUCAGAGUCUGCUGGCUGGGAUGAACCGCUUCCUGUCGCUGCUGGAGAUCACGUUCAGGAGAGACCCAAACAACUUCAGACCCAGAAUCAACAAACUCAACUCCAUAAAGGACACGGAACAGAAGAAGAGCGGGAACUAUUUCUUCCUGGACGAUUAAACCUCCGAGCGUCGGACCAGCGCCUCAACAUUUCCAGCCGGGCUGCGUUCACAUCCACCAUAAACAAAAAUAAACCCAUCAGCCUUCCUGUACCGAGCUGCGUUCAGUAACCGGCCAUGUUGUGACGUGUAAAUGAAGCGCAUCCUGCGUGCGUCGGCCCGACCGCGGGCUGAGCCCACGCAGCGGAGGCAUCGCAGAACAUUCAGCAGCGUAUUUAAACACUCAUGCAUUCACAUCGAGUUUAAUAAACUGAUGCUUCCUGAACUGGCA